GCCUCGGAAGGAACUAAAUUUGAACGGGCCAAGGAGAGGUGCUUCCCUGGUUGUGCUGUGGCAGCCUCCUGGAUGUCGGAACCAUAGAGGAUGCCUAUCCGUGCCCACUGUACCAUCUGCUCAGAUUUCUUUGACAAUCACAAGGAUGUGGCAGCUAUCCACUGCGGGCACACCUUCCAUCAGGAGUGUCUCAUCCAGUGGUUUGAUACUGCACCGAGUCGGACUUGUCCGCAGUGUAGAAUUCAGGUCAGCAAAAGACACAUCAUCAAUAAGCUGUUCUUUGAUGUUGCCCUGGAGGAGCAGACGUCACUGGAUGCAGAAAGCAUACAGAAUGAACUGGACAAGGUGAAAGCACAGCUCUCCAUGAAAGAGAAGGAGAAGCGAGACUGCCAGUCUAUCAUAGACACACUGAGGGAGACUGUGGAUGUUCACAACGCCACCAUCGAGUCGCUCCAGAAAGCCCUGUGUGAGACAGAGAUGCUGUGUUCCACUCUCAAGAAACAAAUGACGUACCUGGAGCAGCAGCAGGAAGAAACCAAAGGUGCAAAAGAGGAGGCCCGAAGGCUGAGAAAUAAACUGAAAACCAUGGAGAGGAUUGAGAUGCUCCUGCAGAGCCAGCGCCCGGAAGUGGAGGAGAUGAUCCGUGAUAUGGGAAUAGGGCAGGCAGCAGUGGAACAGCUUGCAGUCUACUGCGUCUCACUGAAAAAGGAAUAUGAAAAUUUGAAAGAGGCUCGGAAGGCGUCUAGUGAGUUGACUGAGAAGCUGAAAAAGGAGCUGUUUUCUGCCAAUAAUAAGCUGCAGAAAACAUUCUUGGAGUUGGAGAAGAUGAAGGAGGAGUUAAAAAGCACCCAGAAGGAUCUGAGUAAUGCAGACAAGGAGAUUAUGAGUUUGAAGAAGAAGAUUGGAAUCCUGCAGGAGACCCUGAAGGUGCCGUCUGUAACCAGCGAAACGCUCAGCCGACUGGUCUUCGAAAGCCCUGCUCCUGUGGAACUGCUGAGCCCAAAGCUCCACCGCCCGGCCCAUAACCACAAGAUCGACCUGGACACCAUCUUUGAUGUCGAGACGCCUGAGCAUCAGCCUCACAAAUCAAUCACAACCCCUGCAAAAAAACCCAAGCUGGAUAAAAAGCCGCCUCCUGUGACAAACCUAGCAAAAAAAGUUUUGAAGGAAACAGUGGAGAACUGGGCAGGUGAGCCAGAGGAUGACCCUCUAGAAGAAUUCUUUCCUGCAUUCAUCAGGAACUCGGUUCUUUCCAGGAAGCCACCUGUGGGCAGCCUGCUGGGGCCACACAAGAACACGGGAGCUGUGAGAAUGGGGUAUGAUGGCUUAGGAGGUAGAACUAAGUUCAUACAGCCCACAAACCCAAUGGAGAUCCGUCCCUUAGCUGUAAAGAGCAGGAAGAGGAACGUCUCCAGGCCAGCAUCCACAACUGCAGCAGCUUCCUCCUCUGGCACCAGCCAGGCAAAACUGGACAGCUUCCUUCAGUAAAGCUGAAGGCUUUCCUGGUCACUUAGGCAUGCGUGGGCAGAAGCCUUGGGGCUUACCUACAUCUCUGCAGAACCAAGGCGCUGGGACCAACACACAGUGUCAAUCAGAACUCUCCCAGGGGCUGAAACUGCCCUUUCGUAGUUCGCUGUUGAUCCAGUCCAGACUGACUACACCGUAAGCAUGGCGAGGCAGGAUGUGCCAUGUACUGCCAGCUGUCCUGGGAGAUGGGGCUCCUGGCACUGAGCAACUUGCCUGCCUUUGCCUGACGUGCAAGGUCACUGGUUUGUGCUCAAGCGCUCAGGACUCCCUGUGGGUGGGGUGUGUGGAUCCCUCAACUCCGCUUGGUUUGACUCAUCUCGGCCUCACUCCUAGGCAAUGCAGUAAAGUGUGGGCCAAAUCAGACUUAGAAAUCUCCUGGCUGCUGAUUGGUUCGGGCCUGGCCUUACGAGGCUGCAUUUCCCCCAGGAGCCUU